GCCUGGGCAAGCGUUCGGCUGCCCCGGGGCAUGGGUACCCGGUUACCCCAGGGCAAGGCGGAGCGGGAGGCGGGACGGGGCCCGCCCCUGCUCCAGGCAGCCUUGAAAUACCAGCUGUGGGCUCAGUGUUGCGCAGCGCCUGAACUGCCGGCACCAUGGGUGGCAAGAAAGUCUGCGUCGUGGGCUCUGGCAACUGGGGCUCAGCCAUUGCCAAGAUUGCCGGCAGCAACGCAGCACGGCUGAGCACCUUCGAGAACCAGGUAAACAUGUGGGUGCUGGAAGAGGACGUGGGUGGGCGACGGCUCACUGAGAUCAUCAACACAGAGCAUGAGAAUGUGAAGUACCUGCCAGGACACAAGCUGCCCCCUAAUGUGGUGGCUGAGCCAGACCUGCUGAAAGCCUGUGCUGGGGCCGACAUCCUCCUGUUCGUGGUGCCCCACCAGUUUAUCCGCAAAGUCUGUGACCAGCUCAAGGGCCAUGUGAAGAAAGAUGCUGUUGGGGUUUCGCUGAUCAAGGGCGUGGAUGAAGGACCAGAUGGGCUGAGGCUGAUCUCGGACAUCAUCCAUGAGAAACUAGGAAUAGAGAUGAGUGUCCUCAUGGGGGCCAACAUCGCUAACGAAGUGGCAGAAGAGAAGUUCUGUGAGACAACCAUUGGCUGCAAGAAUGUGCAGCACGGGCAGACGCUGAAGGAGCUGAUGCAGACACCAAACUUCCGUGUGACGGUGGUGCAGGACACAGACACCGUAGAGAUCUGUGGGGCUCUCAAGAAUGUCGUGGCUGUAGGAGCUGGUUUCUGUGACGGGCUCGGCUUUGGAGAUAACACAAAGGCUGCUGUGAUCCGUCUGGGACUGAUGGAGAUGAUCGCCUUUGCCAAACUCUUCUGUAAAGGUCCUGUCACCUCCUCCACCUUCCUGGAGAGCUGUGGGGUUGCGGACCUCAUCACUACUUGCUACGGUGGCCGCAACCGGAAGGUGGCUGAGGCUUUUGCCAAGACUGGGAAGUCUAUUGAGCAGCUGGAGAAGGAAAUGUUGAAUGGGCAGAAGCUGCAGGGUCCCCAGACAUCUGCGGAGCUGCAUCGCAUCCUUAAAAGCAAGAAUGUAGUGGAAAAGUUCCCCCUCUUCACAGCUGUGUAUCGGAUCUGCUACGAGGGCAAACCCGUUACGGAUGUCAUCGGGUGUCUCCAGAACCACCCUGAGCAUAUGUAAGUGGGCUCUGCCUGCAAAGCCACCCAUCCUGCCAAGGUCAGCAGAGAGCUGCCUGCACCAACUCGCUGCUGCUACAGCCUUGUAAGGACUAGGGAUUUCCUGGGAGCCUUUGCAGAAGGGCAGAGGUUCCCUUUCUCAGUCCUGGACACCGGCAGCCUGAGCCUGGCACCUGCACAGAGGUACCUGCUGGUCUCCCUUUUUCUCUUUGAAGAGCUCAUUUAGCUUCUGCUGCUGUCUAGGGUCUGCCCUGAGCAGGGCCAAGCAUCUUCCUCCUUUUGCUUUUUCUUGCUGUGAUGGAUUAAGUUCUUGGAAGGACUCUGCCAGGUCAUCUUGAUCAAUACAGCAGGACUCUGCCUGGAAGGACAAGCUUCAUUGUUAGUCCUGUGGGGCCACUUUGCAUGGAACCAGCCCUCUCCUGCUUGCUGCUGUUGCUUUUGGCUUCACUGCCUCAUGGAGAGGGCACAGCUCCCUGCCAGGCUUCAGCAGCGUAAGCAAAGCUCCUCAGGACUUUCAAAGGGGCUGAGAAUCACUCUGCUUUCUAAGAAGCAUCAGCACAGAAAACAGCAUUCUUCACCACCUUGACAGGGUCUGCUUCCCCAGACACCACCAAGCGCUUCUGCCCAGCAGCUCAGCCAACGCUCUGUGUGAGGGCAGCCCCCAGGUGGAGACAUCAGAGCUUGUUUAUUUAGCUUUUUUGCUCUUGCAAUCAAACCUGGCCCCUGCACCCAGGGAACUCCCCUGUUGUCACAGAUUUGCCCGUGCUAAUUCCAUGCCCACUGUCUCUGGA